CAAGCAUAAAAAAUGUAGUCUUUGCAAACAACCGGGACAUACUCGACCUCGUUGUCCAGCUAGACUCAAUAGAUAGCAAUUAAUUGGUAUAUACACCAUGGAGCCUGGACCGAUUAGUGAUGAGGUCCUAUAUGACCAGCCUCGACACCGUUCACAUGUUAUAUCCUUUACAGAGAGAGGCCCGGAUAUUGUUAUGGUUGAUCAUAGCCUCAGCCAUAGCCGUUGGCAUCUAGAGGAUAAGCGCAUAAUAGCAGCUGUAGGACGGUCCGACUUCUUGACAUGUUCAAAGCUUCGUUGGAUGAGGCUCGAUUGGCCCCUACUCACCGUUUUGAUAGAUAGGUGGAGGCCGGAGACCAACACUUUCCACUUCCGAAUGGGAGAGUCUACUAUUACGCUACAGGAUGUAGCUAUGAUACUUGGUCUCCGCAUAGAUGGUCUGUGCGUUACCGGCAGUGAUAGACAUUUUUGGCCGGACAAGUGUGAGGAGUUGUUAGGUGUAGCUCCAGAGUCAAUGCCUGGAGGAAAUAUUAAAUUGAAGUGGCUAAAAGAGACCUUCUCGGUGCCGUUGCCUUUUGAUACGCCGCUAAUAUUGAUUGAGCAAUAUGCACGUGCAUACAUUAUGCACAUGAUCGGUUCAAUAUUAUUUCCAGAUUCGAGUAAAGAUAAAGUGCAUGGCAGGUGGUUACCACUUAUCGGGGACUUGGACACGUGUGGUGCGUUAUCGUGGGGUAGUGCGGUUUUGGCGUACCUAUAUAGAGAGAUGUCUAAGGUUGCAUUCAUGAAAAAUAGUGACCUCAAAGGGUGUCUCAGCUUACUGCAAGUAUGGGCAUGGGAGAGGCUGCAUUUGAAGCCGAGACUAUGCGUGAAUUUACAAUUAGACGGACAAAUUCCACUAGGAUGCAGAUGGAAUGUCCAAAAAUGUUUUGACGAGACCCCGGCGAGACAGUUAGAUUUCUACCGAAAUGAGCUUGACCGCAUGAAGAUUUUUCAGAUGGAAUGGGAGCCCUACACCCCAUUUCUCGAUCAUCUACCCCCGAGAUUAGGGUUUAGACAUGAAUAA